CCUGGGAUUAUUUACUGCUGGGAAAUUUCACCCCAUUUCACACGAGUUGGGUUUUGCCGAAUGCUUGGUGACACCAUGAUUGAAGUGGGAUUUCACGUGAUACUCACCACUACCCUGACUGGUAUCCUGCUGGUGGCCGUGGUGGCACUGCUUUGCUACUUUACCUGCAGACUGGCUGGGCCACUGCCCCUGGGUGGACCUGGCAGCUUUUAAGGGGCGUGCUGCAUUUGGGGGAUGGUAUGAACAACUGGCUUCUGGCAUGUCAUCUGGGAUUAAUAGUGUACCUUGUUAUUAUACACAUCGACUUCUGCCUGCUGUGAGGUGACUGCACACAGGCUUCCUCAGCUUCUCAAAGUGGCAUGUUAUGGCUGUCUAGAGUGACGCGGCAGCCACACAGAGACAACAUGAAGGUGACAGCCCUGCUCAUCAUUUGCUCCUGUCUGAUCUUGAGGAGUUUGGGGAAGCCACAAUUCCCUGAACAAGAGAAGGAUCCCAAGUUUUGGAAUACUUGGGCCCAGCGGACCCUGAAGAACGCUCUGACGCUGCAAGAUCUCAAUAAAAACAAAGCGAAGAAUCUCAUCCUCUUCCUUGGAGAUGGUAUGGGCGUUCCCACGGUGACAGCUGCUCGAAUACUGAAGGGUCAGCUGAACGGACAGAGUGGAGAAGAGACGCAGCUGGAGAUGGACAAGUUCCCUUUUGUGUCUUUGGCUAAGACAUACAACACUAACGCACAGGUGCCAGACAGUGCUGGCACCGCCACAGCUUACCUCUGCGGGGUCAAGGCCAAUGAGGGCACGGUGGGAGUGAGUGCAGCUGCUGUCCGAUCCCAGUGUAACACCACGGAGGGCAAUGAGGUCACCUCCAUCCUCAGAUGGGCUAAGGAUGCAGGCAAGUCAGUGGGAAUAGUGACAACAACCCGUGUCAACCAUGCAACUCCCAGUGCUGCUUACGCCCACUGCGUGGACAGAGACUGGUACUCCGACAAUGAGAUGCCAGCUGAAGCACUGCAGGCCGGCUGCAAGGAUAUCGCCAGACAACUCUUUGAAAACAUUCCCAACAUUGAUGUGAUUAUGGGUGGAGGGAGGAAGUAUAUGUUCCCCAAAAACAAAUCAGAUGUAGAGUACCCUGACGUUGCGAAGCACAGCGGCACACGAAAAGACGGGAGAAACCUGGUGCAGGAGUGGACUGACAGAAUGAAGGAUAAAAAAGGCCAUUAUGUAUGGAACAAGAAGCAGCUCUUAUCACUAAACCCUAACAACGUGGAUUACUUAUUGGGUCUCUUUGAACCUGCGGAUCUGACAUAUGACUUGGAGAGAAACACUGAGACUGAUCCUUCGCUGACAGAGAUGGUGGAGGUGGCCAUCAAGAUCCUGAGGAAGAACCCCAGUGGAUUUUACCUGCUUGUAGAAGGAGGACGUAUUGACCACGGACACCAUGAGGGCAAAGCCAAGCAGGCUCUGCAUGAAGCUGUGGAAAUGGACAGAGCCAUCGGCCGGGCAGAUCUCUUGACCAGCAUCCAUGAUACACUGACUAUAGUUACUGCUGACCAUUCUCAUAUGUUCAACUUCGGAGGCUACACGGUCAGAGGAAACACAAUAUUUGGUCUGGCCCCAAUGUUGAGUGAUAUUGAUCAGAAGCCCUUCACCUCCAUCUUAUAUGGGAAUGGACCAGGUUACAAAAUUGUUAAUGGUGCGAGGGAGAAUGUCUCCACGAUUAACUACCAGGAAAACAACUACCAAGCCCAGGCAGCCGUACCUCUGAACAUGGAGACUCAUGGAGGAGAAGAUGUGGCUGUGUUUGCCAAAGGUCCCCUGGCUCACCUGCUACAUGGGGUCCAUGAGCAGAACUACAUUCCCCACGUGAUGGCUUAUGCAGGCUGUAUCGGCCAGAACAGGGAACACUGUAUGUCACGCAGCGGGACUGCCGGGCUGCGCCCCGUCCUCACUAGCAUCGCAGCCCUUCUAUCAGUCACCCGACUUCUGUGCUGACGUUCCCCUGACAGUCCUCAUCCUGGGUACUAAACCCCUGUUUUAACCAAUUUGUUGUUGUUGUUGUUUUUUACAUUUUCUAAUUUUACUCUUCACUAUUUUGAUCAUGGGACCACUGUUAGGGCACUUUUGUGUUAUGAUAAUUAAUUGACAAAAGUAUAAGGAUAUCAGUUUUACUCUAUUCAGGCAAAUAUGUAAAACAUUACAAAAUAAUCAAUCACCCCUGAUGCACUGAAAUGAAAAAUGCUGUUGCAGAGAUCACCACAAAAUCAGAGAUCUCAGUUGUGAUUUGUCUAUUAUAAUAGUUUUUAUUAAGGGCUUUAGGACCUGUUAAGCCUCAUUGUUAAAUGUAAACCCUUUUAGGUUUGAAUAGAUAGAAUUGGAUUUACAAAUGUUUCAUAUCUUAAAUGUGCAGUUAACAAAAUCUACCUCAUAAGAUUGCAAAAGAUCAUGUAAUUAAGGUGUGUUCAGAGGGGGACAUUUUCGUGGACAAAUUAUAUGCCAAAACCAGAGGCAACUGAAUGUAUAAUUGACAAAAGAUUAAAAGAUAUGUAUUUCUUGUCAUACACCUUGUGCAUACUUGCAAAAAGCACCAAAUAAGCCCACUAACCAUCGUUGUGUCCAACAGCCUAACAGAAGUUGUAAAACCUCUUAACCAAUAAAAGAAAUGUUUGUUUCCUGA